UGACAGGGAUGAUUCUGAUCCUCGUGACGUCACCCGAUACCCUGCGCUCCUACAGUCAGUCAGCGAAGGGAUGCUCUGAACGAAAGAUUGCAGCAUCUUUCCUGAGAGACUACAAACAAUUCGCAUCUCCCUCUAGCUUUGUAUCCAUUCUCGGCAUUCUCUUCCCUUUGGACCCUCCUGAAAACCCACCCCUUGCCCUCCAAAAUCGAACUGCAGGGUGUCUUCAUGCACGAAAGGAAGACCGGAUAGAACACCAUAUUUUUAUUUCAGCACUUUUCCUUUCCCUUUACUUAUUUAACCUCUUUGUCGUCUGUAUAUUUUUGUUUUGAUCUUUUAUUUUGUUGACCAUUGCCUAACCGCAAUACAGAGAGGAGCGCCAUCGGUCUCCAUUGCCUGAUAGGAAUACGCGCUUUAUUGCCGUGGAGUGAAAUAACACACAUGAAGAAAUUAUUGGAAGAUUAAAUUAGCCUACUUUCUACAACACGUUUAUAGUAUCUGGAACGGGACAUCAUUUAUCUGUUCAUUGGAUUUUUGUUGAGGUUACGUUCCAUACGCAGCGCAAGCAUAGUCUUCCUCCGUUAGAACAAAUAACCCAUACUCUGCGUAGCAUCUCGGUGUUCUCUGAAAAGGCGAGGAUAACGCGCAAGAUAUUUCAUUCGCAAGACUAUACGCAUUUUCGAUUCUUGAAUCGCUUCGUCAAUAUUUAAAUAUUUUUUUUCAAUAGGCUACGUUGCAUAAAGGGAUAAACGCAUUUUCACCCAACCUACUUUAAAAAUGAUGGCCGGCGGGGCAGUACAACAAAACGGGGUUUUCUUGAAUCCCCACCAUCACAAUCAACAGCCGCACAUGGAGUCGGAUCCCCCUGAUUCGCGUAAAAGACCACUGGAGACCCCAACCGAGGCUAGCAGCACUAAACGCACAAACACGGGAGUGGCCUUCCUGCAGCCCCUUUUUGAAACUGAAGGCAUUGUAUUCCCUCACCAGGAAUCACACUCUGAGGCACAUGAGGAAGGUGAGUACUUCCUGAAGGUGCUGAUCCCCAGCUAUGCGGCCGGCUCCAUCAUCGGUAAGGGAGGACAGACCAUCGUCCAGCUGCAGAAAGAGACCGGCGCCACCAUCAAACUGUCCAAAUCCAAAGACUUCUACCCUGGCACGACAGAGCGGGUGUGUCUGAUCCAGGGGACAGUGGAGGCUCUGAAUGGAGUCCAUAACUUCAUCGCUGAGAAGGUGCGGGAGAUGCCACAGAGCAGCCAGAAAUCCGAACCGGUCAGCGUAAUGCAGCCACAGACCACCGUCAACCCUGACCGCAUCAAACAGGCCAAGCUGAUAGUACCAAACAGCACAGCAGGUCUGAUCAUUGGUAAAGGUGGAGCCACAGUCAAGGCCGUCAUGGAGCAGUCAGGCGCCUGGGUGCAGCUCUCCCAAAAACCAGAGGGCAUCAACCUGCAGGAGCGAGUGGUCACCAUUAGCGGAGAGCCCGAGCAGAACCGUAAAGCCGUGGAGAUCAUCGUUCAGAAGAUCCAGGAGGACCCCCAGAGCAGCAGCUGCCUCAACAUCAGCUACUCCAACAUCUCUGGCCCUGUGGCCAACUCCAACCCCACCGGCUCUCCCUACGCCAACUCAGCCGAGGUGAACCCCGCUGCUGCUGCUGCCGCCGCUGCCACAGCCUCCAGCCUCCUGGGUCAGGCCACCAUGCAGAGUAUGGGCGGCUUCCCCACCACCAUGGGUCCCAGCUUCUCAGGCAACGACCUCCUGACCAUUACCUCGGCCCUCAACACGUUAGCCAGCUACGGCUACAACACCAACUCCCUGGGCCUGGGGCUCAACCCCGCUGCAGCCUCAGGAGUCCUGGCCGCCGUAGCGGCAAGCGCUAACCCCGCCGCGGCUGCCGCUGCAAACCUCCUGGCAUCCUACGCCAGCGAUGCCUCCACCAGCGCAGGCCACCAGGCCGCCUCCCUGGGAGGCUUCACCCUGGGCUCGCUGGCCGCGGCCACGGGGGCCACUAACGGCUACCUGAGUGCCUCAUCCCCGCUGAUGGCACAAUCCCUGAUGGCCACUGAGAAGCAGAUGCAGGAGGGGGCCAAGGACGUGGUGGAGAUUGCUGUUCCCGAAAACCUGGUAGGAGCCAUCUUGGGGAAAGGAGGGAAAACGCUAGUGGAGUACCAGGAGCUGACUGGAGCCCGGAUCCAGAUCUCCAAAAAGGGAGAGUUCAUUCCCGGCACCCGGAACCGUAAAGUUACCAUAACCGGCUCUCCGGCGUCAACGCAGGCAGCUCAGUAUCUGAUCAGCCAACGGAUCACGUAUGAGCAGGGUGUGCGCGCCACCAACCCACAGAAGGUGGGCUAGAAAAAGGGAAUGGAAUGGAGGAAAACGAGUGGGGGCUUGGGGAGUAAUGCAAAGUGAGAGAGAAAUGGAGAGGAGAGCAAGAAUGUUGGAAGGAAUCGUCCACACGUUUUUUCGUGUUUCAGUAUUGUAAAAAUGAUGUGACGCAAAUAUUUGCUCGGAGAGAGGAGAAAGUGUAAUGCGGAAUACAAAUGAAAAUAAGGUGUAAAAUGUAAAUACGGUUUUAUUACUUAAGUCUUGAUCUUUCGGGAUUUUUUAUUGUUUUGUUUUUUUGUUCUUUUGUUUUUUGUUUGUUUGGCUAUUCUCCGGACAGUGGUGAAUGCGAUUUUAAACUGGCAUGCUGCCGCGCUGCAGUUUGGAAAAGGGGGGCGGUGGGGGUACUGGGGGCCAACCCCCAUGGAAUCAGCCCCUUCCCCACCCCCACCCCCAUUCCUGUGUAGCUCACAGAUUUUUUUCUUCAGAUUUGCCUUCAGUUUCAAUUUGCCCCUUACCCUGCCCCCCACUUUUCGCCCUCCCCCUACAAGGGUCUGAGAAGACGGCAAAUAAGUGCUUGGUUUGAGAUCUAAGGAAAUCCCUGUAGUUGACGACAUCCCCCUACAUUCCCCCAUCCCUCGCCCCUCUCACAGCCCCCCCACCCCCCCC